AUGGAUUUUCUUAAGGAUCUCAACCAACCGAAGGUGUACGAGCUGAAGAAAGCGUUCUGUCUGUUCGACCUCGACGGGGACGGUGUGAUCAGCGAACAGGACUUGAGGAACACCUUCCUGACGCUCGGUGUAGACAAGUCCGACUUCGACAUCGAUCAGAUGUUCGACGGGGUAGUGCAGCCACUGAACUUGGACGUGUUCCUGCUGCUAAUCCUCCAGCGGGCGAACGGGCUGGCCCCGCAGGACGUUAUGCUCAGUGCAUUCCGGAUGUGGGACAAGGCCAACGUCGGCUACAUCGACAAAGAGCGGUUUAUUAACGACAUCACAACGUUUGGCGAUCGUUUCACGCUGGGAGAGGCUCGGGAAGCGCUCGAGGAUGCGGUCAUCAGUCGCGGACCGCAGCUGAACGCCGACGGCCAGUUGAUGGAGAAGCUCGAUUACAUGGACUUUGCAGAGAGCAUUUCCGGUUUCCAGAAGACGGAUCACAAGUGA